AUGCUUCAUGGUUCAAGAGCUGGAGUGGUCUUGGUGUCUCCCAAAGGCGACAGGAUUAACUAUGUGCUUCAGAUUCACUUUGAUUCCUCCAACAAUGAGGCAGAGUAUGAAGCUCUCCUGUAUGGUCUACGCAUGGCGAUCUCCCUCAGGGUCAGUCGAUUGAUGGUCAAUGGUGACUCGAGUCUAGUGGUGAACCAAGUCAUGAAGGAAUGGGAUAUUUUAAGCCCAACAAUGAUAGGCUACUACAACGCCGUCAGAAAACUGGAGAAGAACUUUGAAGGGCUGGAACUCCACCACAUUCCACGACUCAAGAACCAGGCAGCUGAUGACCUGGCCAAAAUUGGUUCCACUCGGAAGGCAGUCCCAAAGAACAUGUUCGUAGAGCACCUGCACUCGCCCACGAUCAAAGAAUAUCCUUUCAUGGAAGAGCCCCCGCAACCUGUCGCACCAUCUGAUUCGACUGAAGUUGACAUUCCUGCAGUGAUUUACUUGGUCCAGGAGAUUCUUGUGACCACUCCCGAGUGGACCGAACCAUACAUUGCUUACCUGCUCGGGCAAGAACUCCCAGAGAAUGAGGUUGAGGCUCGUCAGAUCGUCCACCGAUCGAAAGCCUUCACUAUCAUGGGUGAUCAACUCUACAAGAAAAACACCUCUGGAGUCACUCAGCAUUGCAUUUCGCUGGAAGAAGGGCAACAGAUCUUGCAGGAGAUUCACUCGGGAACCUGUGGUCACCAUGCUUCCUCUCGGAUGCUAGUCGCCAAGGCAUUCCAGCAGGCUUCUAUUGGCCCCGCGCUAACGAUGAUUCCCGAGACAUAG